AUGCCUCCUAUCAGCGGUCAGUCGAUACUAAUCAUCGGAGGCUCGUCAGGAAUUGGUGAGGGGGUUGCAAAACUCGCAGCAGCAGAAGGCGUUACCGUCUCAAUAGCCUCGUCCAACCCAACUCGAGUAGCCACCGCCGUCAAGACGAUCGAAACCUCUGUCGCAAAUGCUAAGGUCAAAGGCUACACAAUCGAUCUCACGAGCAACGAUGUCGAGGCUCUGCUCGAGAAACUGUUCACCGAUGUGACGACUGCCAACGGGACUCAACUCGACCACAUCAUCUACACAGCAAACAGAGUCAACAUGAAACCCCUCGCCGAAGCCACCGCUGACUACCUCCGCGACAGCAGCCAAUUCAGCCUGAUAGUCCCAAUGCUUCUCGGCAAACUUGGGCCACGGUUCCUCAACCCGAGCCCCAAAUCCUCAAUAAUCCUCACAAGUGGUCGAAUUGCAGAGAAGCCCGUCAAAGGCUAUACCAUGGGCGCGUAUCGCGCUGCCGGUUUGUAUGGUCUCACUCGUGCUCUGGCCCUUGAUCUUGCGCCGAUUAGGGUUAAUAUUGUGAGUCCUGGGGCGACGGAGACGGAGAUGUGGGGGGAUGAGCAGCAGCGCGCCCAGAGGAGAGAGAUGAUGAAGAGCAGGAUGUUGUUGGGGAAGGUGGGGACUGCUGAGGAGGUGGGAGAGGCGUAUGUUUAUUUGAUGAGGGACUCAAAUGCUACUGGGAUUGUUGUGAGCUCUGAUGGAGGGGCGCUGAUUCAGUGA